AUGCCCGAGUCACCCACGAGUAACCACGCUACCUCCGUCGCCGGCGGCACCAGCGCCACCCCAACACCAGCCAACAACGUAGGCGGAGGCGCCGGCUGGGGAGAUAGCGGCUUCCAGAAAGGCGGUUCUCAUGACACCGAGGGGCCUCGUCAGGGAUUUGGACACGUCGCUCCCGCCAAUGCACGAGAGACAAUGGGAGAAGCACUUGGUCUGCGAGAGCAGAAGGAUCAGGCCAAAUUCAAUUUCAUGCAGCGUGUCGAUGAUGCUGGAGAUGUGAAGCCGAUGACUGAGCAUGGGGAACCGACGUGCGCCACUGAGGAUCAUAGUUUCAUGGGCAAAAAGCCGGGUGGUUCGGACGCUUUACCUGGAUGGGAAACUGUGAAGAAUGUGCUUGGGGCGUGA